UACAUAUAUACAUUUCAAUAUCCCUAAAGUUUUACGAAAUGUCUGCCAUCGGUCGGGUGUCCACGCGCAUGGUCUGUCCCAAUUGCCAUUUGGAUAUGAUGACGCGUAUUGUGAGCAAGGCCACAGCUCGAACUCAUAUGAUAGCGCUCCUCAUGUGCCUGACGUUCCUAUGGCCCUGUGCACUCUGUGUCUACUGUACGGACUUUUCUCGCAACGUGGAUCAUUACUGCUCCUUCUGCAAUGCCUUCAUUGGCACCUACGAUCACUGAGCUGGCAUUAAACUAUAGUA